AUGUCGGAAUCAACUCCCAGCGCAAACCAGAGGGUGGGGAAAUUGAGCGUGCCCGAUACCCAGAGCAAGCCGACGAGCCCCAUAGGAUUCACCCCUUACAACGCGGUGCAACUACCACCAGUAUACUCUUCGUACCGACAAACGCAACAAGCACCAGGGCCUACGCCAGCACCACCACCAGGCACUGCGUUCUCGCAGCAUGCUCCUGAGCAGAUUCCACAGAUGCACCAGGCUCACAUAGCGCAACCGUUACAGCCUCAGUUUCGGCCACCUCACACGGCUGGUGCUGCCUCGGCUGGUGUUGCCACGGCUGCCAGUGCUGCUGCUGCUGCUGCUGCUGCUGCUGCUGCUGCUUCCGACGCAUCGAAGCCACGAAUGAGAGUGAGUAAGGCUUGCGAUAGGUGCCGCACACACAAGAUCAAGUGCUCAGGAACUUCGCCUUGCAACACAUGCACCAGACAGAAGAAAGAGUGUACUUUUUCCAACUCGGCCGCCCUCGCCAACGGUGCAACAAGAAGCGCAAACUCGCCGCUGUCUUUUGGCGAAUCGUACAAGAGGCAAAAGACAAUGAUCAACUCGGAGCCAUUUGGGUUGCCUGCUAUUGAAAAGUCUAACGAAAAGGAAUAUAUUUCCCAUUUGGAAAACAGAGUGCAGUAUCUCGAAGGUAUCCUCUCGGGGAGCACCCACGAAACUUUUAAACAACCGAGAUCUGAAGAACCCGAUAAUGAGUUAAUCACGGAAACACUCUUUUCAGCCAGUUCCAAGUGGAGGUUUUCUCGCCGCCACCAGAAUUUGCUCAUUGUGGAGCUAUGCCAGUCGAUGUACUCCAACUUAUCAGAAGAGCUGAAACAAAAAGUCACCAUCCCAAGGCGGCAGUAUUUUGGGUGGAACAUGUCCGGGGUGAACUAUCUCACUCCGGAAACUUUACCCCCGGUGCCCGAAUUCGAUAUCCAGUUUGACCCCGAACAAUUGGUGGAUUUCUUUUUUAGCGAGUUGAAUCCGCUCUUUGUUAUACUUCACGAGACGGUGUUUAGAGAGCAAUUCAGUGCCUACAACAAGUUGAUGCGAGAAGAGCUCCUGCUGGAGGAACACGACUCAAAAACCAACCAGACCAAGUUAUUUGUGGCGAUAUUAUAUCUCGUUUACGCGCUUGCCAUCAGAUUCACCGAGAUCCAAAAACCCAAGGGUCCCGAUAUGGAGAGGUUGGCGUUGGAAGAGAAGUUAUUCAAAUAUGCCCAUAAAGUCAUCUCGAUUCUAAGCUUUGAAUGGGAGUCUUUUGAAUUGAUCCAGAGCUGGUUAUUGAUUGCAUUGUAUCUACGAGUCACGCAUCGGCAAACUUCAUGCUCGCACGCAUUGGGGCAAGCAAUCACCAUGACCAAGGCCAUGGGACUAGGCUUUAGUGAAGAAAACUCCCAGAUCCGCGUUUCAACCGCUUAUGAGAAGCAGAAGGCCAACCGAAUCUUUUGGUGUGUAUUUACAUUUGACCGGGUAUUUGGUUUGCAAACUGGGAGAUAUUGCGGUAUUCGAGAUGAAGAUUUUGCAUGCCCUUACCCUUCGUUUGAUUUUGCUCAUGAAACAGUCAAGGAUGACUGGUUGAGCUUACCGGCAUUGGGGCUAAUCCACAUUGCCCGGAUAUCAAACUUUGUACACACUUCGCCCAACGAUAACCCGCAUUUGGUCAAGUACCAACAAGUCAAUACCGAAUUGGUCAAGCUCCACGACUGGUUCAACCAAAACGGGUUUCGAAACGAUUUGCUAUUCAAGGGUGAUGAAUCAGACAUUAGUUCUCUAGUGAAAGCACAAGUGAAGCUCCAUUACUAUGACUUGGUCUUGUGCGUCCAUGGGAAAGUAUUGUUCAACUUUAUAGGACGCAAAAUAUCCAGUCAUGGAUUGAAGCUCGAAAUGGUGUUGGAUGCCUGUCACGGGGUCAUUGAUGUCUUGGACAAGAUAUACAAGGCCGGUAUGUUGUAUACACCAUGGUACUCGACGCUUUUAUUAUUGUUCAACAUUGGCGUCAACGCCAUCACUUUGAUCAAUGCUGGUAUAUACGUGCUCCAAUCGAGAGAAAUAUUAAGGUCAGCAAUCAAGUUUUUGACCAGCUUGAGGAAAUCGCCCAUUAGAAACGACCAAAACAAGCUCAUAUUCAGAGAACGGUUCAAAAUGGUGAGAGAAUGCACUUGGGCGUUGAAAAUGGCCAACAAGAUCCUAACAUUGAGAUUAGAAGAGGAUUCAAAUGCAUUGAAUAAUAUUGGAGUCGACCACGGAUCAUCCGAUGUCAAUAAACAGUAUUUCUCGCAAUUGGGCUACUCGGAUUCCGGGGUGCCUCCCGUUCUUGCUGAAGGAGCAUCGAAAUCUGCAGAUGGAAGAUUGCACACGGUCCAACCAGAUAGCAAUGAACUAAAUCGUGUGUUUGAAAAACAAUUGCAUCGCAAUGAUGUCACGGAACGAAUGUCGUACGAACGAGAUGGCAGCUUGAAUCAAGAUCAUCCGGAUUUGCAAAGGAUCAAGUCAGAGCAAGGUGCAGAAGGUGUUGAACAGAGCAACAACUACAACAACAACAACGACGACGGCAAUAAUGAAAACAAUGGAGGUGACAAGGUUAACAUGUCGACGCCGGCUAGCUCAAGCACGAUUGAUCAUAAUGAACUGAAAGCAGUUGACAUUUAUUCAUCGCAUAAUAUCGAUAACAUGUUGAGCAAUCUCCAAUGGUUUGAUCAAUGGUUGGAUUUCAAUUACGAGUUGAUGCUGGAGCCCCAAUUUUUAUCUUGA